CUCAUGAGCAACUUGAAAGUAGUAGGUACUUUCAAAAAGCUUUUGAAACAUUUUUAGUUUCUGGAAAUAUCGUUUUAAGAUUCCACCUGUAAUGAACAAUUCACGUUAGUUAUAAGACAGUGUGAAUGUUUUUGAGACAUUUUUCAACUUCUAGAUUAGCUGUGAACAACUCGAAAAUACUUGUUCGUGAUUCCUUUUGUUUUUACAGCAAAAAUACUUUUGAAACUCAAAAUAGAAUCUAAGAAGAUCUGAAUUUCAAUUCUCAAAAAAUAAAAGCUACAUUUUAAUAAGAAAUGCUUCAAAAAUAAAAAUUUAAAUCAUCGUUUUGUUUCUAACCGGUUUAUCAGCACAACAAAUUAAAUAACAUUAACAAAUACCUAUCAGUUGCUAAGCCUAAUUCCAAUCAAUAAAACAGUGUUUUGUUAUUGUAAAUAGUUCAGAGAAGUACCGAAUAGAUUUAUUUUAGUAUAAAACAUUGGAUUAUUAUAAACAAAAUAUUUUAAACCCGUCUCUGCAUCUUCAAUUGCUGCAAUUUACUUAUUUAUAAGUACUACUGCAGUUUCUUUAAAGAUUAUUGUUUUAAACUAGAAAAUGAUGAAACUGGAAUCGGAAAUCAAGUUUUAUUUGGGUGAAACUCAACAUGCAGUUAAUUCUAGCGACGUUACCCCUGAAACCACCCUGAAUAGUUACCUCAGAGACAAACUUCAACUUACAGCUACGAAAAAAAUGUGCCUGGAAGGCGGUUGUGGUACUUGCAUCGUGGCAGUAGAAGCACUAGAAGCAGAUGGUACCAAAAAAGUCUUCGCAGUCAAUUCAUGUUUGGUCUCAAUUUUCUCAUGCCACGGCUGGAAAAUCUUAACCAACGAAGGCAUCGGAAAUCCGUUAAUCGGCUAUCACGCCAUUCAGAAGCUUUUGGCCGACAAUAACGGCACCCAGUGCGGAUUUUGUUCUUCUGGCAUGGUGAUGAGCAUGUAUGCUUUGCACGAAUCUGGACCGAAAACCGAAGUUGAAAUUGAAGAUGCUUUUGGGGGUAAUUUGUGCCGUUGCACUGGUUAUCGGCCAAUAUUGACUGCUUUCAAAAAACUUGCCUCAGAUUCUGAUGAUAUUGAAGAUGUUGGGUUGUGCUCUAAAGCAAAAUGUGAAAGUAAAUGUCGGCAACCUUGCAAAAAAACUCCAGUUUAUUUUGAUUUGGAGCCUAACAAAUGGAUGAAAGUUUAUAAAUUGGUUGACUUAUUGGAAAUUUUGAGAACAACCGGAAAUAGGCGCUACAUGCUUGUAGCAGGAAACACUGCAAGAGGUGUGUAUUGGCUCACUCCAAGUACCACUCCGGAACUUUACAUCGACGUUACAGCAGUAAAAGAGCUGACUACUUAUACUGCACUGGAUAGUAGUUUGAUACUAGGCGCAAAUAUGAGUUUAAAUGACACAAUGAGCCUGUUUAGAAAAAUUGCCCGAAAAAAUAGCAAAUUUAUUUAUUUAGAUAAAAUGGCUGAUCAUUUGGAUUUGGUUGCUCAUGUACCAGUCAGAAAUAUUGGCACUAUUGCAGGCAAUUUGAUGAUCAAGCACCAUCACAACGAAUUUCCUUCGGAUGUAUUUUUAAUUCUAGAAACUGUAGCAGCUACUUUAGUAAUUGUUGAUGUCGACGAAAAUGAAACAAGAGUGUCUCCGCAAGAGUUUUUGAAAGUCGACAUGGACAAGAAAGUUUUAAAACAAAUACUUUUACCCGCAUAUGGUCCUGAAUAUUCUUAUGCAAGUUAUAAGAUCAUGCCAAGAGCUCAAAACGCUCAUGCGAUAGUCAACGCAGGAUUCCUGUUGAACAUCGACAAUAUGGGUCAAAUAAAAUCGGCUCGAAUCGUUUACGGAGGCAUAAACCCGACAUUCGUGCACGCAUCCAACACCGAAGCUUUACUAUUGAAAAAUCCCUUGUUCAACGACAACGUAUUGCAGCAAAUUUUCCAAUCGCUGGACCAAGAGCUGAAUCCCGACUGGGUUUUGCCAGAUCCGAGUCCGAGUUUCAGGAAACAAUUAGCAAUCAAUCUUUUUUACAAAUACGUUUUAAGCAUUGCACCUCCACAAAAAAUAUCAGAAAGAAAUAAAAGCGGAGCCACUUUGUUAUCCAGACCAGUUUCUAGUGGAACUCAGCAAAUUUUCAGCAAAGAGGAAUUGUAUCCUUUAACUCAGCCCAUUUUGAAGGUAGAAGCUCUGGCACAAACCUCAGGUCAAGCUCAAUAUAUACUAGAUAUGCCAGACUUACCGCACCAAUUGCAUUGUGUUUUUGUUAAAGCUCAAGCUAUUCCAGGCUCAACUAUUACCAGCAUAAAUCCUAUAAAAGCCUUAAAUUAUCCUGACGUUGUAGCAUUCUAUUCGGCCAAAGAUAUUCCUGGAAUAAACAAUAUCGCUACAGCAAAACUGAUUUUACCGGUAGAAGAAAAACUGUUUUGCGACAAUGUUGUGCAACACUACUCUCAGCAAGUGGGUGUUAUAGUAGCUAAUAAUCUUGAAGCAGCUGAAGCUGCAGCUAAGUUAGUCGAAAUUACAACAACACCACCAACUAAAAAGCCUCUAUUAACCGUUCAAGAUGUUUUAGCUGCAAAUGAAACGAGCAGAAUCACUCACCAGACUAGUUUUAAGCCUAAAUCUAAAGGCACCGAUAUUAAGACCGUGAUUAAAGGCAAAACUUUCGUUGGCGGUCAGUACCAUUUUCACAUGGAGACUCAAAACUGCAUGGUAAUACCAAGGGAAGAUGGGCUCGACAUUUUUUCUGCUACUCAAUGGAUGAAUGGGAUACAAGGGGCUGUAGCGCAGAUUCUCAAUAUUCCUUCGCAAAAGAUUAGCAUGUUUGUGAGGCGUUUAGGUGGUGCAUAUGGGGCCAAACUAACUAGAAACAUGUUCGCAGCGAGCGCAUGUGCUUUAGUUGCCACCAAACUCAACAGACCAGUCAAAAUGUGGAUGAAUUUUUACGAUAACAUGGACAUGAUUGGCAAAAGAUACCCAUUUUAUAAUGAAUAUGAAGUUGGAGUUAAUGCUAAUGGAGUUAUCCAGUAUCUUACUAGUAAUUUAUAUUCAGACUACGGUAUCGGUAGUAACGAGCCAAUGGACCGUUUGCUGGUACACCAAUUUCAAAACUGCUACGUCGUAGACACUUGGACUUUUGAUACUUACACAGUAGUUACUGACAAUACUGCCCAUUGCUACGCUAGAGCUCCAGGUACUAUAGAAGGCAUAACUGCAAUCGAAGCUAUUAUGGACCACAUUGCAAACACUCUUAAACUGGAUCCGGUGGAUGUGAGAAGAGCUAACUUUGAUGGACCUGGUAAUCCUUUGCUGGUGGACUUUUUAGACGACAUGCUGAAAUCUGACGAUAUUGUGAAGAGGAAAGCGGAUAUUGAACAAUAUAAUAAGGCCAAUAAAUGGAAAAAGAAGGGUAUCUCAGUCGUUCCAAUGAAAUUCAUUAUGGACAUGGCCUCAAACUACACUACUCUUGUAUCCAUUUACAAUAUAGAUGGUGGCGUUGCCGUAAGUCAUGGUGGCAUUGAAAUGGGACAAGGAAUCAACACAAAAGUGGUUCAAGUUUGCGCCUACAAAUUUGGGAUUCCCAUGGAAAAAGUAUCUGUGAAACCGUCUUAUAAUGUUGCUUCGCCUAAUUCAUAUAUGUCCGGUGGUAGUUUGACGUCAGAAGCUGUUGUAUACUCUUUAUUACGAGCUUGUGAUGUACUACUAGAACGUAUCAAACCAAUAAGAGACCAAAAUCCAAAUGCAACUUGGGAGGAACUCAUACAACUUUGCUACGAGAAAAAUAUUUGUCUUAGUGCCAAUGGAUUUUUCUUUGAAAAUGCACCUGGUUAUGAAGCCUAUUCACUUUAUGGAGUAAUGGCUCUAGAAGUAGAAGUAGACAUUUUGACGGGCAAACACGAAAUCCUUCGUCUGGAUAUUUUGGAAGAUGUGGGCCAAAGCAUGAGUCCCUUGAUCGAUAUUGGGCAACUAGAAGGGGCUGUUUUAAUGGGUAUAGGCUAUCAUACCAUGGAGGAACUAAUUUACAGUGCAGAAGGCCAACUUUUAAAUGAUCGCACAUGGAACUAUAAAGUACCAGGCGCCAAAGACAUCCCUCAGGAUUUCAGAGUGCGAUUUUCCAAUAAGAGUUUGAAUCCUUUGGGAGUAUUAAACUCAAAAGCUAUCGCAGAACCGCCUGCUUGCUUGACUAUAGCUUUGCCUUUAGCACUUAGAGCUGCAGUUGCUUCGGCUAGAAAAGAAGCUUCACCAGGAAAUACUUCUUGGUAUCCUAUAGAUGGACCAUCAACUGUAGAACACACUUUGCUGAGCAGUUUGAAUAAUUAUAAACAAUAUACUUUGUAGUGCCAACAAAUGAGACAAUCAAGUUGGACUAAACAUCCUUUUAUUCAAACACAUUACUAAAAUAGGUAGUAUUACCUAAAUACUAAUUAUUAAAACUUACAACUAACAUUGAGAGAUGCACAUACACAGUUUAAAAUCUAUCACAGAGUUAAUUUGCGGAUUUUUAUUCAAUAAAUUUGAAUAAAAAUUUGCAACCAUUAUUAAUAGAAAAAUAUUGUCACUAGGAUAUAAAUAUUUUAGUCUUAAAAAUUAAAUACAGUCUAUACAGUUUCAAUUAAUACUUUUGUUAAUAAUUAAAUCAACUGUAACAAAAACAAUACAAAGGGCUGACCAAACAACCACAAAAACCAACCAGCCAACAUGCCUAAAAGGACUUGCAUAUCUAUGACCAAUAUACCCAAAUUGCCUCAAGCAAUAUUUCCUAGCUUUCCAAACCAAACAAGCCGGUAUAAUAUACUGUACCACUACGCCUACAUACGAUCCAGUUAUUUCCACUAAACCUUUCAAAUUGUGCGUGGACAAAGCAGUAAUUAAUGGAGGAGUUAUUGCCAAGCUAGGAAAUAACAACCGUUUAACAAAAAAUCCUUGCCCUUCAAUACUUUGAGGCUCUAAAAAUAAAUGCUUCAAAUUACCUUGUAGCGUUAUUGCGAUAAUAGGAAAACUUGCAAUCAUUGGAAAUAGAGGAAAUGCAGCUAAAAAAGUGCCAACAAUCCUCAUGAAAACCCCUGAAUCUUUGGUGGCGAUAAAAUUCAAAUUAUACAAAACAUCUAUUGAUUCAAAGGCAAAAGACCCUGUGAGCGACAACAAUAAAUAAAAGCUACUUAUAACUAUAAAAUCCCAGCUUAUUUUGCUUAUAAGCUUGUGCUUGUUGGAUAUAGGAGCUAUAAGCCCUGGCAAUGAAUGGUGGCACAUGAAACUGUAGACACUGGAACCUGCCAGUGCUGGUAUUUCAGCUAAAUUAAUCAAACUUGGGUGUCCUUGUUGGCCAUUCUUGAUUAAUCUAACUACAGCUAAAGUAAGCAUUAUUGCAAAAGCUAACCAUCUUAUACUUAUGGUAAACAUUUGUAAAUAUUUUGUUUUUUGUACGUUGAAAUAAGUAAAGGGGCCUACACAUAAGCCAAAUAAAGCCACAUAGAUUCUGUACAUGUCGAAUUUGGUAAUGUCUGAGUUUUGCCAACAAGGCUCAGUAAAGUUUUCUGUAUUAUUCGAUUGUUGACAGCUUAAAUUUAUUAUGGUUUUACCGGAAGCAGCUACAUAGAUUGUUAAGUCUCCGAAUAGGUAAAUGCAAAGUGAAAUGAAAAAUAAUAUGUGGCCAGUUUUCGAUAAGUAAAUGGAAGCCAUUUCGGUGAGUUCGACUUUUUUGUUUAGGUUGUAGAAGUGUUUUGUGUUGGUGCUGGUCAGGAUUGCGGUUUCUUCGGUUGUGUUGUCAGCUUCGGAGUCGUUGCUUGGGUUUUG